UUGGUGUUAUGUGGGAUCUCUAAUCUUUGGAAAUUAAGGAAUGGAUCGAUGCGGUUAAAAUCGUAUGCUACAGGCAGAGCUGUGUGGUGGAGAGAUCUUAUAUACUAUAACUCUGUUUAAUCUUUCUUCUUCGUUUCUCUUGGUCUCUUCUCAUUAUCGCGCACCCAUUGAUCAAAUAGUUUCUUAUUUCUCUCGAUCUCCGUCCAAACCAUGAGCACCGGUCGAUCAACGGCUCACACAUGCGUCUUCUGGGACGUCCAGGAUUGUCCAAUCCCUGAUGGUGAUUACAAUCCUAAGUUGGUUUAUCAGAAUAUCAAAUCAGCUCUUGCGGAUAAGGGUUAUUGUGGUAAGGUGAAUAUGAGGGCUUAUGGCGAGAAGAAUAAGAUUUGGGAUGACUUACUAAUUGACGGAAUCACGGUUAUACCAGCAGGAGAUAAAGUUGCCAGAGUUGAUAGUAUGAUGACCGACGUUCUUUUCUGGGCGCUUGAAAAUCCUUCCGACUAUCCUCUACUUUUUCCAAAUGUGAUGGUAGUCUCAAAAAACAUCACAGAAGACACGGAUUUCCUCGAGAUUCUUGAUCUUUUAGCAUUGCGAGGUUACAAUAUUCUAUUAGCAGAUUCUAAUAAUGUCGCAUCAGUAAAGCACCCUGAAUUUGUGAGCUCAGUAUGGCUUUGGACAUGCCUCGUAGAUGGAGGAAAACCUAUCGAUAUCUCACAGUCUGUUGAAGAUGAUGAUAAGCUGAAGCAGAAGGAGCUUAGUAGGGCCGCUAAAUAAGCCGAAGAGGAGGCGGAAUAGAAGGCCAAAGAAACCUCAAAAGUAGUUCCAUCAAUCUCACUUUUAAAUGAUCUGUUGUUUUUUUUUGUCUUUAUUUCUAUGAAGUCUUUGGUUUUGUGUGUAUUAAAAAGAUUGACAUUUCAUCUUGUUCUGAUAAACUCUGUAUUGGGUUCAGAUGCACCGUUCGUCGCUAAUUCAUUC